AUGGUGUUUAAGAUCAUGGAGGCGCGCAGUUGGAAGGUGCUGAUUUUACGCGAGUUUUUCCCCAAGAAUGCUAAUCUGCUGGGGUUGAAUGUGAAUCGAGGACAAGAGGUCCGUAUACGUCUGCGACCCGCCAACGACCCGGAGAGCUUCUACUCCUUCGAGUUUGUUCUCGGGACGAUGCUACACGAACUCGUGCAUAACGUUCAUGGCCCGCAUGAUGUGAGGUUCUACGCGUUACUCGACGUUAUCAGAAAGGAGUGCGAGGACUGGAUGCACAAGGGAUUUACUGGGCUGAAGGGGUUUGAUACCGGCGGUAAGAAACUGGGCGGCAAUCGGUGGACCAAUCCCUCAGACGCAGAGAGACACCGUGUUAUGGAGCUAGCGGCCACAAAGAGGCGGCGAGACACACCCUACUUCGAUGGGAGAAGGCUCGGGGGAGGCAGCACUCUUGGUAGCAACAAGAGUCCAAGAGAGCUGGCUGUACUGGCUGCGGAGAAACGCCGGCGCGACAAUCUCUGGUGUGGUGAUGAGAAUACGAUCGACCUAGAUGAUGUAGACAGUGCACAAGCAGUACCAGCUACGUCAAAUGGCCAACCAACAGUCAGUGAGAGUGUAUCGAAACGUGCGAAGAAACCUUUAGCCAGUACAUUGUUUGCAGCGGGGAUUGGCCGCUCACGUGGCGCGAGUGUAGGUAGAACGGAGGUGGCAAACUGUGACGGACCAUAUCGGUAUGGAAAGGGCAGUAGCAGUAUUAAGAAUGGCCGGGUGUCUUCUACGAGUAAGGCAUCGAACAGCACGGAUGUGCGUUUACGUGUAAGUGUAAGUGUUGGCCAAGGAAAGGGAAAGGAGACGGCAAAGGGAGCAUCUUGUCCUGAAAUCAUCGAGAUUCUGGACAGUGACGACGAUGUGGAAGGUAGUAUCAAUGAUGUAGGUAAGGAUACAGGAAACUUGCAACUACACAUGGCUGGACAUAAUGGAGUCGCCAAUCAGUCACAAAGAGGCGCCGCUCGUACAGCCAAAACGACAGGCACAUCUCAGUCACCUGUUGCAAAGCAGAGUGUAGAUACUUGUCCAACACAAAGGAGGACAGUGAGGGUGGAGAGAGAUGGGAGUGUAUGGAAGGCAGCAACGGGUAGCACGCUUUCUGGUAGAUCUGAUAGACAGACAAACGAACAGAGGUAUACACAGACAGUCACACGGGCGAAUGCUUCAGAGUGUUCUUCACCGGGGAGAUCCAAAGCAAGAGAGGUGGGUGCAACGUGGAAAUGUGUAUUUUGUACCUUUGCAAAUCAGCGCACAGGUAAUACCAGAAGUAGUCCGGGUGUAUGCACGAGGUGCUGUAUGAAAGACACUGUAGCACCGUCGCUGUUUUUACCUGAUGAGUCAUCACACUCUACUGAUGAAGAACGGAGAAUCGCAAUUGGCCAGCAAGUUGAAAGACGGGAGGUACCUAUUAACAAGUGGGCUUGCAACCAUUGCACCUUUAGUAAUACAGAUCUGUGCAGUGACAGGGGGGCUGCUAGGGUACACACAGCUGCAGGCGUAAACGCCAUGAUGUUCUCUGCACCCACUACUGCAGAACAGUGA